CGUCGGAACGCGGCUUAUGCAGUCGAUUAUAUUAAUUUGACACUUGUUAAUUAAAUUAAUUUCGGAAGCAAACGUAUAAUCAAAAUGAAAUACUUGCUAACUAGCUUGGGCUCACAUCGUUUAGUUUAAACCUAAGGUCAAACGAGCCGCAAAAAUUCUGAAUGACCUACUUUAAAUUAGUUUAAUUUACAUUAGUGUCAUUCGGGAUAAAUAUAACAGGUACCUUGUAGCUUGAGUUUACUAGAGCACUGCAUUCAUGAAUUUACACGUAACCGACUGCUUAGAUAACAUUGGGGUUAGCUUCUAUGCUAACUUGUCGAUUUGUGAUGACGUCAGUUGUAGCAGACAACUUCUAAAUGAACCCUUUUUCAUUUACCUACGCGAGGAACUGAUUUACGUGAUGCUGCAAGUCAUUCGUCUCCUUAACGGGCAGGAAACAUCGCACAGAUUAUUUAUUGUGUGUUGAUGCUUUGGAGCAUUUCCUGUGUUUUUUUAGUUGUGCUCUUCCUGUUGUCAGAGCGAACAGGUGCAAUGAGCGUUAAAGAGGAGGCGAUGGCUGUUUUAAAGCAGUUCGACAUCGGGGACAGGUUCUCGUACCUGAGGUGGCUGCCUAAAGCGUCGGUGCUGAUCCCACUGUUGGAGAAGAAUGGGCGGCUGUACACACUGUUGACCCUGCGGUCAAAGGAGCUGAGAACCAGUGCUGGUGAGGUGUGUUUCCCCGGUGGGAAGAGAGACCCCAGUGACAGAGAUGAUGUGGACACCGCUCUCAGAGAGGCAGAGGAGGAGAUAGGUCUGCCCCAUGAUGAAGUUCAGGUGGUCUGUACAUUAUUCCCUGUCAUUAAUAAGAACGGUCUGUUGGUGACCCCGGUGGUCGGCUUUAUAGAGGAGUCCUUCUGUCCCUGUCCAAAUCCAGCUGAGGUCAGUGCCGUGUUCAUGGUUCCUCUGGACUUCUUCAUCAGUGACAAGGAUCACAGUUCUACCUAUGGCGGCACUGGGAUCGUGGGACCACUGCACUCAUUUUACUUUGUAGAACCAGAAUCAGGGAACCAGUAUCACAUAUGGGGCCUGACGGCUGUGUUCGCCAUCCUGGUGGCUGUGAUCGCUCUCAGGAAAAGACCAGAGUUCAAUAUUAGUUUUAACCUGACGGACCCGUCUUCCUACUUCCAAAAGCUGCUCUACAAAAGGAUCAGUAAACUUUGACCAAGCCAGUCACCUACUGUUAAAGUAACUAAAGCUAGACCUGGUUAAGGGGAUCAAUCACACUACAUGCAUAUUUGUACUGAGACUUAUUUUUAACACUUUGAAACAGUAUUUUCCACUGGGAAGCUCCAACUAGAACAAACUCCCCACUGCGGGACUAUUAAAGGUUUUCUUAGUGACAGUGGGAUACAAAGGAGUCAAAUCAAGAGGUUUAGAUUUUUAUUAAUUCAUUUAAUGUAGCAGCAAGAUUACAGAUAAACAGAAGAGUAUACAAAUGUCCAGACCAAGGCAAAGUACAUGUUAAUAAUAGUUUAGAUGUAUGGUAACACACUGGGGUUGACCUUUAUCCCUACUGCAGGGUUUUAAGGCUAGAUACUAAAGCUCAAGCUACACAGAACGAAUACAACCGAACUGUUGAAUGUGAAAUAGAAAGCGAACUAGGAAAAGUGAGCAAACUGAUUACACACGAGAUACAGCUCACACUAUUGGCAAUUAACGGUUAAUUUGUCAUGGUUGCUCCUUUUGAUCAAGCAGUUCACAGCAACAAUAGUAAUGUUGAAAAGCACAUCAACACAAGAAAGCGCUCCAUGAAACAAUCUCCACUGUCUUGUCCCUUUUACCUCACAUGUACAGAUCUCAUGAGGCAUGAAAAAAAAAGGUCUAACAAAAUAACCUAGUUGACGAUUCACUGCUUAAGCUGCACAAUAUCAGGUUGAGAGUAAUCACGGAUAUCUUGUGAUGGGUUUUCAAAUAGACAAUAGAUAGACAAUAUUAACACAACUAUAUUGGAUGGGCUGUGGGUAUGCUUGUCUUCUGGAAAUAAGGUUGAAUCACUGAAAAUUGUUUUGAUGUUAAACAGUCUUGGAGAAUAAAAGUGACAAAGAG